AUGUUGCUGGCGAUACUUUUCAUCUCUGUCCUGGUAUCCGUGAACGCUGGAAUUCUUGGUGGAUUGGCAGGUCUAAUAUCGAAAUGGAAUCCAAUAGAUCGGAUACCACCAAUCCCGGAUCUGUUAUCACCCAAUAUUCCUGAAGAUGCACAGCUUACCACGAUGGAACUGAUUACCAAAAACGGCUUUAAUGGUGAGCUGCAUAAAGUAACCACUCCCGACGGCUAUAUUUUGGAACUACAUCGAAUAACAGGAAAGAUUAAUUCUACCAAAUCAAAUGUACAGAAACCUGUUGCGUUUGUGAUGCACGGUAUUCUAUGUGAUUCAUCGUCUUGGGUUAUUUCUGGCCGUAAUAGAAGCUUAGCAUUUAUUCUGGCGGAUGAGGGAUAUGAUGUGUGGCUCGGUAACGCGCGGGGCGGUCCAUAUGCUAAUACUCAUACAAAUUCUACACUAGAUCCAAAAGAUUACUGGAACUUCAGUUGGCACGAAAUCGGCACAAUUGAUCUUCCAGCGAUGAUAGAUCACAUUGUGGAGACCACCGGCCGUAAAAAAAUGUUCUACCUAGGACACAGCCAAGGCACCACCACUUUCUUUGUCAUGGCGUCAAAACAACCUGAAUAUCAGGAUUAUAUCGAAGAGAUGUAUGCUAUGGCUCCGAUCGCAUAUUGUGGCAGAAUGAAGAGUCCCUUUUUACAGAUACUGGCACAAUUCUCCGUUGGCAUCGACUAUGUCUUGGAUAUAUUUGGUUAUCACGCGUUCAAUCCUAAGAGCGAUUUCAUAAAUGCAUUGGUACAAUUAUUGGUACAAGUAUUCUCAGAAAGAGUUCUAACCUUGAUCAGCUCAGUCUUUAUGUCCCCGGUGUGUGGAUUCAACCCUGAACAAUUCGAUCUGGCUCUUUUGCCGAUAAUCUUAGGACGUUUCCCUGUUACUGUAUCCAAGAAACAACUCGUCCACUAUGCUCAACUCAUUAAAUCUGGAACAUUUUGGCUACCAGGGGAAUUUAAACAAUACGAUCAUGGAAUACUAAAAAAUCAGGAAGUGUACGGCUCGAUAAAUCCACCGACAUACGAUUUGAGCAACAUCAAAACACCGGUCCAUUUAUACUACAGUGAAAACGAUUUGUUAUCAAAUGUCGUGGUUUGUAUUUCUAUAUACAUAACAAUUUAUUAUUUUAAAUAUCUUCAAGCCAGUUAGAAUAUCUUUCCAUCUCAUGUUCUAAUUACGGUUGCCAGUUUUUUUACUAAUACUUCACCAGCUCUUUUGCCAGAAAUUGCCAGAGAUCUAUCAUUCCAAGCAACAGUGCGAUGUCCUGGGACGUCAAUAUGUCUGAACUUUUAACUCGUUAGUUUUUAAAUUUUAAUUUUAUUAAGUAAAUAUUAGAUGAGUUUAUUUUAUAUGUUUAUUACAUCAUGUUUUUAACGUUAUACGAUAGACGUCUAAAGAACGUCCGAAGAACGUCUUGUUCAUGGCAACACGCAUCAGUAGAUAGCAGCUGCAAAAUUACAUUUCUUCAAUAAAAUUCGUGAUAAAAGAAAAGGGUUAGAUUUUUUUAUUAUAAGACUUUUUACUCUUGUUUUGAGAAGAAUAUGUAUGGAAACAGUAUAAUUUCUCUUGAAACCCACUCUUUCAAGCCCCUAAAAUUGAGCUCUAAGAUGAAAGUAAAUAAUAGUAUUUUGAUAAUAAAAUUUUCGUUAUUUCUAUUUAAAAAUUAAUUGAGAAACUUGAUUCUUGGAAGUUAUACAUCCCAAAACGUAUUAACGUAACUGUUGUGACUGUAUUUUUCUAAUGCAAUAAUAACAAUACCAGGUCUAAAGGACAUCAUAAAUCAUAUCUUUCGAAUAUGCAUGUUAUCUAGGUUAGACGUCUUUGCGCUUUACACUGUACAUCUAUCAUAAGCUGCUUCCCAGCUAUGACACAAGUCGACACUGUGCAACACAGUGAAUCAUUUUAUCCUUGUUGUUCUUCAAUAUUAA